AUGUCCGGAGACUCAAAUAUCGGAGACAAAACUGAAUACAGUGCACGCACAAUUUACAUCCCUUAUAGGCUCGUUAGAGAAGAAAAUCUAGAGGCUAUAGACAAGAAGUUGCCCGAUUCCUUUCCUGGUGGAGUAUGCAUGACAACAACGACGGAGGCUAUGGUACAUUAUAAGGUUGAGGGACUCGUGGUAAAGGGUUCAGGGGAUUUCAAUCUACUCCAAGAACUGCAGGAACUUGAGCUCGUCAUGAAGGAUUGA